AUUAGUGUAAUUAAUUGACAUAGAAUAUACAUACGCACUUGGUCGUACGUAGCAUAGUCAACAAAUAGUCCCACAGAUCCUCACGUUUCAUUUUCUUAUAGAAAUUUCCUUUGUUAGGUUGUUCUCCAUCUCCACCUUUGGCAUUUACAUAUUUCUUUUUCCUUCCCCGUUGAGAACGGUGGCAAGUGAAGAAGCAGCCGCAGUAUCACGAGACCCACCGCACUGUAACAUAUUCUUGGAUCUCUCUCUCUCUCUCUCUCUCUCUUUCUUUAUUUGCUUCUCUCUAUCUUUCCGAGUACCAUCUUCAAUUUCUUCUUUUCUUCCAAACUUUCUAUCUUAGUCAAUUUUGCUUGCUAGCUGGGAAUAAUAAGGUCCAUCUCUUUCUUUCUUUUCCUUUUAAUCAUCGUUUUUCUGUCUUUAAGCUAUGCCUGACCCAACUUCAAUAGCAAUUAGCAAAGCAAAAUACCACUGUGUUUGUAUCUUAUAGUGUCUUUUGGAUCUCGAUCCAUCUGCUUACUAAAGUUGGUGGUCAGCAAGGAGAAAGUACGUACUUCCCAAUUCAGAAACUCUUUAUAAGGGCUUUUAGAAAUGAUCGUGUUUUAGUUAUGCAUUAAAGAUCUCCGUACGUACCAGCCAGAACUCAAAUACCGGAAAUCAUCCGAGUAUGCUCGCUGACAAGCAAUUGUCAGAGAGUUGUUAACAGGAUUGAGAGAGAGAAAUGAGAGAAAAUAGCAGGGCGCAACAGAGGGUGCAGAGAUACUUGCAAUAUGGAUCGGGGAUUUAUUGUCAUUUGAAAGAGACGAUCUGGCCUUCCAUCAAGUUACCUGCAAGAUUCUCAGUCGUCAUCUUCAUCUUCUUCCUCGUCGUCUGCGCGUUUUUCUCCACGCGCCUCCUUAACACCACUGCUGUUACUAGCGGCUCGGCUCAAGAGCCGUUGUUAACUAGUGAACCAACUACCCAAAUUCCCGAAAAGCCAAUAAACAAAAUCGAGAUCCCACUCGACUGCGAUUUUUUCAACCUCACAGGAACCUGUCCGGCAAAUUACCCCGCGAAUAUUUCAGAAAAUCCAUACCGUCCAUCUGUUUCAACUUGUCCAGAGUACUUCCGUUGGAUAUACGAAGACUUACGUCCGUGGGCUCGCACGGGGAUCACGAGAGAAAUGGUCGAGAGAGCUAAAAGGACGGCGAAUUUUAGGUUGGUGAUUGUACAUGGCAAAGCCUAUUUGGAAACGUAUCGGAAGUCGUUUCAGACCCGAGAUGUUUUUACGCUGUGGGGAAUCCUACAGUUGUUACGGAGAUACCCAGGAAAAGUGCCGGACUUGGAGCUGAUGUUUGAUUGUGUUGACUGGCCGGUUGUGAAAUCAAGCGAGUAUAGUGGGCCCAGUGCAACGGGCCCACCGCCUUUGUUUCGGUACUGUGGGGAUGAUGACUCACUUGAUAUCGUGUUCCCGGAUUGGUCCUUUUGGGGAUGGCCUGAGAUCAACAUAAAGCCAUGGGAGAAUUUGCUGAAUGAUUUAAAAGAAGGCAACAAGAAGACCAGAUGGAUGGACAGGGAACCUUAUGCUUACUGGAAAGGAAAUCCAGCUGUUGCUGAAACCAGACAGGACCUUAUGAAAUGCAAUGUCUCAGAACAACAAGACUGGAAUGCUCGUGUCUAUGGUCAGGACUGGCUUCGAGAAUCACAGCAAGGGUACAAACAAUCAAACUUGGAAAGCCAAUGCAUUCACAGGUAUAAGAUCUAUAUUGAAGGUUCUGCAUGGUCAGUCAGCGAAAAAUACAUUCUUGCCUGUGAUUCUGUUACCUUACUUGUAAAACCCCAUUACUAUGACUUCUUCACGAGAAGUCUGAGGCCAAUUGACCACUACUGGCCGAUAAAGGAUAAUGACAAGUGCAGGUCCAUUAAGUUUGCUGUAGAGUGGGGUAACAGCCACAAGCAGAAGGCACAGGCCAUUGGAAAGGCAGCAAGUGAAUUCAUUCAGAAGGAAUUGAAUAUGGAGUAUGUGUACGACUACAUGUUUCAUCUCUUAAACCAGUAUGCUAAUCUGUUGACGUUCAAGCCCGUUAUACCUCGAAAAGCUAUUGAACUGUGUUCAGAAUCCAUGGCUUGCCGAUUGAGUGGACUGGAGAAGGAGUUCACUAUGGAAUCCAUGGUGAAGAGUCCUGCAGAGACAAGUCCAUGCACCAUGCCUCCUCCCUAUGAUCCUCCAUCUCUUCACGCCAUUUUUAGGAGAAAAGAAAAUACAGUAAAACAAGUGGAGUUAUGGGAGAAGAAGUACUGGGACAAUAAAAAUAGUUGAGUAAUCCUACAUAGGAAUAUAUAUAUGUAGUGCCUUCCUUUAUAUGAUUAUUUAAUUAUUAUUAUUAAUGCCAUUUUUAGCAGAAAAGACAUUCAAUAAAACAAGUUGAGUUAUGGGAGAAAA